UCCUGCUUUCCGAUGUCAAAAAAGUCGUUUGGUUUCUGAUGACAUAAAUUGUAGUCGGUAACUUGGGUUGGUGCUCUAACUGUGAUAAAAAUGGAACCCAUGACGUUGGGAAGCCCUCCUUCCAGCCCUGCAUCUCCUGGGAUCAACCCCAACUUUUUACCUGGCUUUUUAAUAGGAGGCGAGAACCCACCGGUUUCACCAAACCCUAGCUCGUCACCUGGACGGAAUCGAACACCCGGCAAUUUCAACAAAACUGGCCUGAAUUCCGCAGAACCUCGAAGUCUAAGGCAAAAACUAUUCAACCAGUCGCUUAACGAAAGCCCUGGGCCCCUAUCUCCAUUUACAACAGUCUCAGAAAAGCCAGGCCCACCUAAAAUGGGACUCUUCGACACCAUGGAACAGAAAAAAAAACCUUCCAGCCCUAUUCUAAAUAGUACGGUGGCGCAUUUCAACGACUCGGUAGGAUUCAACGAGAGCAUCUCCAGAAUAAACAACGAGGAUAGUCUGAAUUACACUCGCAAUGUAACUAGUAUGAACGAACACUUCGGUCGAGGGAAUAUGAGUGGCAAUCGCGUCGAUUCGCAUUGGAUUACGGUGUUCGGAUUCCCUCCCAGUGCUCUGACGUUGGUGUUAGCCCAAUUGGCGAACUGUGGGCCUAUAGCGGACAAGAAAAUACCUCCGCAGGGAAAUUGGGUGCAUGUUAAAUUCAAUAACUUGAGCGAGGUGUCGAGAGCGCUCUCCCUCAACGGUAAGUUGAUAAAUAACUGUGUCAUGAUAGGAGUGCAGCUUUAUUACAGUAAGGAGAAUAAGGAGAACGAGAGCGUCGUUUAUACUUCGCCGAUCCGUGCGAGGUCCUUACGGCAUUCUUUUAUAUCUCCGCAGAAUCCUAACAUUGUGAUUCCGCCCCAGACUGUGCCCCAGAAGUCGACCGGGAUAGUUACGAAAGCCAUGGAGUAUGUUUUCGGGUGGUAGUGUAGUGAUUUUUGUGCAUUUUAUUAUUGUGAUGUCUUUGGAUGUCUUUAUUUAGUCUCUACUCAAUUCGUGAAAUAUAUUUUUAUUAUAAA